ACAACCUUAAAACAUUUUUUAUUAAAGCUCAGGUAGAGAAAGAUUAAGAUAUGGCAGAGCAAAACAGAGUGGUGCUUCAUGGGAUGUGGGCGAGCCCUUUUGCGAAGAGGGUCGAACUCGCCCUCAAAAUCAAAGGCAUCCCUUUUGAGUAUGUGGAGGAAGAUAUCCAGAACAAAAGCCCAGAGCUUGUUAAGCUCAAUCCUGUUUACAAGAAAGUUCCUGUACUCGUCCACAAUGGAAGACCCAUUUGCGAAUCCGUUGUAAUUAUGGAAUACAUAGAUGAAGUUUGGAAGAACAAUGGGCCUCCCCUUCUACCUCAAGAUCCCUACAGACGAUCCCAGAUUCGAUUCUGGGCUGAUUUCGUUCAGAAACAGGUGUUUGAGGGUCUCUUCUUAUCAAUGACGACUGAAGGGGAAGCACAGGAGAAGGCCAUUGAGGAAGUGAAAGAGAAGCUGAAAGUUCUUGAAGAACAGGGGUUGAAGAGUUUGCUGGCGGAGGCAGAGGGCAGUCCAUUUGUGAACGGCGACGAACUUGGAUUCUUGGACAUAGUGACGCUGACAGUACUUGGAAUGUACGAGAUUCACGAAGAGUUCUUUGGAAUGAAACUUGUUGAAGAAGAGAAGAUCCCAAUUAUGUACUCGUGGUUGAACAGGUUGAAGGAGCAUCCAGUUGCAAAGGAGGCAGGGCCUCCCAAGGAAAAGGUUUUGGCGCUUCUUCAGUUCAUCAGGCAAAAGGCUCUACGCUCCACCGCCGCUUAACUUCUGCAACUCCAUCUCUGCCUCAGCAUGAAUACUGCAUAAAUAAACCUAAAUUUAGUCUCCAUUAAGAUUAUUGAUCCAUGGAUGAUCGACUUAUAUGAAUGAGUUUGCAAAAUUAUUCAAAAGUUGUCUAAUUUAUGUACUGAACCUUCUAUAAACUCGUUGAUAUUCGUGAAA